CCAAAAAAUAACAGAGCAGCAAACAAACUCCUCUUCAAAUUCACUCGCAUUUCCGUCAACAUGAACAUGAUCGACGAUCAACGCCGCGGUCCACCACACGCGGCCUUAUUAGCGGUGGUGGUGAUAGCAGUGAUGAUUGUUCCGUCAUUAAUCGGUGAAAAUGGCGAAGCAAUCACUGAAUUCAUCUCUGAACUUCUUACCCCAAUUGGAUUACUACUUUUGCCUAUAAUUUUACUUCUCACAAUUCAAUUUCUCUCAUCUGAUAGUGCCUCUUUUGUUUCGAGUAUUUUUUCGAGUGGUGAGCCAAAUUCUAUUCAUCGUGCUAGUGGUUCCCCUGUUGGUGUUGCUCUUGUUCUUCUCCUUGUUCUGUUUCUUCUGUAUAAUCCAAUUUCGUUCUUUGGUGGUGAUGAUGAAGAUUGAAGAAACGAAGAAGCAAAAUGAUUCAGAGACGGAUUUAGAAUUUAAAUUGGAUGGAUUCAAAGGCUCUAACAUGAGGAAUUUGAUUUAUACGAUUUGAGAUCUAUUAUUUUAUUUUACUUUUUUUUAAUACAUAUACAAGUUUCGAGCAAUUUGAACUAAUAAGUUACGUGCUUUA